UAAAUAAAAAGGUGCUAUGUGCAUGUGAUUGAGGAAUAGCAGAGAUAUUUAACUGUACUUGCACGAAAUCUGGUUGUUUUAGUCAGGAUUAUGCUAAAAUAUAUUUUCCCAUCUAUAUUUAAGUUCCCAUUUAAGAGCCAACCUUCAAUUUAGUAAAUUCCUGGUUUAAUCCCGUUUAUUCCCAUAAAUUCACGUUAAUUCCCAUGGAAAGUUUCCAACUUUGAAAAUUCCCAGACUUUGCAACCCUAGUAAAAUAACGCUCUUGACCUGCUUUCUCAAGACAUGCAAGCGGGUAUUCCAUAGAAACACGCUUGGGGUAUUCUUAAAGUAACGCUGGUGGAUUUGUUUAUCGCCACUGAAAAAAUGUAUAAUUUCCAAAAUAGGUAGAAAAGAUCAUAAUGUAGAAAAAAUUAUCCUUAGCAUCAACUGCCGAGGUAGACUGAUGAAAAGACUAAUAGAUAAUUCAAUGGUCUGCGCCUGCGCGAAACAUUGUCAAACGAACCUUGCCGUCAUCACAAGCUAGCCAAUCAGCAGAGGACCUGGGCGGAAGUGGGAUAUUUGAAAGUUGGCAGUUGGAGUCGAGCCUCUUCUCUGUCGUUUUCAAGACAAGGAUUAAUUAAAACGCAAGAAGAUGGAAGAAGAGGAGCAUACAGACCGGAAGCAGCAGCUUGCCAUGCUAUAUCAGAAGCUCAACAAAAUCAAAAAGUGUCUCAAUGAAGAUGACACAGAUAAUAUCAACCAGGUCAUUGGCUCAAACUCACCUGAAUCAUGCUACUCGUAUAUGACUGACCUGGAAAAGAAGGGGGACCCUAAGCUGGACCAAAACCACCUCAUCAGGCUCAUUGACUUUUAUACCAGGGUCUUUUCUAAUAUGCCACUGAGGAAACACUGUCAGAAUGAGAGCUACGCCAGGAUGCUGGUCCGAUUUGCAGAGCUCAAAGCAAUCCAAGAUGUGAAUGAGGCAGAAGCCAACUUCAACGUUGCAAGGUCCCACAGCCAGAACUUUGCAUUUGUUCACAUUGCAUAUGCAGAGUUUGAGCGUGCUCAAGGCAACACAAAGAGAGGCAUUUCCAUAUUGCGUAAUGCAAUUGAACAGGGUGCCAAACCGAAGGAAUUGCUGGAGGCGGCCUUGCAAAGCAUGCAGGCAGGAAAAACACAGCUCUUCUGUUCAGAGGAUAAGGAGAACAUAUCAUGUUUUUCAAACAGCAUUGUUCACAGUUCUGUCAAAAAAGGAUCAGAAUUUCAAAAAGUAAGCAGAAUAUCAGACGGGACAGGUGAACUCCAGCUCUCCAGCAUUUUUGGACCAGGGACUGAGCCCCCGUGUGGAUCAUCAGAUGACCAGCUACCAGGCUGGAGAUCCGGAUCCCAACGAAAGAGAGCAGUGGGCGUGCCUGUAAGAGUUCCUGUAGUGCCUUUCUCUAUCCCAGAAAAGGAGGACGAUGAUGGCUACAUUUAUGAGAAACCCUCAAGGAGAAAUGAUGCAGCAAUCAACAACAGUUUGUCGAGGCAAACAUCUGGUUCAAGCUUGAAUCCAGUAUUUGGGCUGUUAUCCUCUAAGAGAAAUGUUAUCAGUCGAGAUCUUCAACCACAAGCAGCCAGCCCAGAACAUGCCUCAUGGGAGGACCAGGCAGCUGCGGACUCCACCACCACACUGCUCCACACACAUGACAGAAAGGAGACCUCAAGAAUGGAAGAUGUGACGUACAACUUUGACCAGGCCAUCAAUACCAAUUCCCCCGAGUCAUGCUGGACAUAUCUGAAGAACCUGGAGAAGAUGAGCAACCCUCACACAGAUAUCAACCUGCUGAAUAAACUCAAGGACUGUUAUUCCAAAGUCUUCUCCAGGCUGCCGAUAAGACAGUUCAGCAAGAACACCACCUACGCCCGGAUACUGGUCAGAUAUGCAGAGCUCAAGGGGAUUGAAGACACAGAUGAAGCUCAAGAUCACUUCAUUGUUGCAAGGUCUAACUGUAAAGGCUUUGCCUUUGUCCACAUCGCACAUGCCCAGUUUGAGGCUUCCCAAGGUAAUGUGAUCAAAGCAACUUCAAUUCUGCACAAAGCCCAGGCGUUAAAUGCCAAACCAGCAGAGCUCCUGGAGAUGGCCAUACGAAACCUGAAGGCUGGGGAGAAACAGCUUGUGCCUGCCAGGGAGGAGGAACACUCCACAGAUUUGCAACCAGAUGUUCAAGUGAGCACGUCUACCUGUGGGGGAAUCCAAGACCUUCACCGUCCUGCUCGGGUUCCUGUGAACCGGUCAGUGGAGCCUCCUAAACCUGCCAGCAGAGAGCCUUUAACAGAGUGGAAGAUACCUGCGCUUGUCAACCGACAUGUUUCUCCUCAGAAUAAACACACACCGCCUCCUGACCCCAGAACUGUUCCUAGUGUUGUGGACUCCCUCCCUACUCCGUCCCUGCAGAUUCCAUCCAGACUGAACCCACAACCAGUCUGUCAGACACCCAACAGCUACAGAAACCCACUUCCUAACAGCUUUGUGACUCCUGUUCUAAAGAGAGGCCCUGAAGUGUCUUCCUCUGCUGUGGCAGCACACAGAGCUGGAGCCGUCCAGCAGCCGUCUACACCACUAAACCAAGCGGCUUGUUUCCAGACUCCACAGUCUUCCUUCUCUGCGUUGUCGAAUGAAUCCAUCACCAUCAAGGGCAGGCAGUUCUUCAUACUGAAGAUGAUUGGACGUGGUGGAUCCAGCAAGGUCUAUCAGGUCCUGGAUCACAAAAAGCAGCUGUUUGCGGUGAAAUACGUGGACCUGGAGGAGGCUGAUGCUCAGACGGUUGAAAGUUACAAAAAUGAGAUUGAACAUCUGAACCACUUGCAGCAGUACAGUGAUCAAAUAAUCAAGCUCUAUGACUAUGAAAUAACAAACAGCUACAUCUACAUGCUGAUGGAGUGUGGAAACUUGGAUCUGAACACUUGGUUACGAAACCGCAAAUCAGUGAAUCCACUGGAGAGGAAGUUCUACUGGAAGAACAUGCUUGAGGCCGUCCAGACCAUCCACAAACAUGGAAUUGUCCACAGUGACCUGAAACCAGCAAACUUUGUGAUCGUGAACGCUUCGCUCAAGUUGAUCGACUUUGGUAUUGCAAACAGGAUUCAACCAGAUGUAACGAGCAUUAUGAAGGAUUCACAGGUUGGAACCUUGAACUACAUGCCACCUGAAGCGAUCAAAGACACUUCAUCCCAACAUGGAAAGGCACGCUCCAAGAUCAGCCCCAAAGGUGAUGUAUGGUCUCUUGGAUGUAUCCUGUACUGCAUGACGUACAGGAAAACUCCCUUCCAAAGCAUAACCAAUCAGAUUGCGAAGCUGCACGCCAUCAUCGAUCCCUCCCAUAAGAUUGAAUUCCCUGACAUCGCAGAGAAGGAUUUGCUGGAUGUUUUGAAGAGGUGCUUGGUACGAAACCCCAAAGAGAGAAUCUCUAUCGCCGAGCUUCUUGAGCAUCCAUACCUGCAGCUAAAGCCCCAAGCAGCACCUGAACCAGAUCCUCCAUGUAACAGUGAUCUAAAGAAGAUCCUGACAGACCUCGCUGCCCUGCAGUCUCCAAACAGCAUCAUCAGAGCAGCUAAUAAUCUGGCAAAAAUGUGCAACAGUGGCAGGAAGUUGGAUGUUGCAGAGUGUGCAAAGUCAACGUAACUCCCCUGGAUAAACCUGUUGUGGAUAUUUCUUUGUCCUCUUAUUUAGAUCUUCUAGCCCUCUUUUUAACACUUCUGUUUAUUGACAGUAUUUUCUAAAAAGUAGUACUAGUAAACCUAUAUUUCUAUCUUUGUUUCCUUGAGAAUAGCUAUUUUAUUGCCUUAUGUACCAUAUACCCUCUGAUAAUAAAUGUAGGCUAGUCCAAUAAAAAUACUGUACUCUUGGAA